GUCACGAACGUCACUUUCGACCUGAGCGACGACACUGGGACAGCUUGUAAUAGUUUUUAAUUUUAAUUAAACCGAUAAAAAAGAAUAAAGUGAUCCUAAUAAAAAGGAUCACUGAAAACACUGGGCUUUCUAGAAGAACUAAUAUCAAAAAUGAGUAAAAUUAUUCCUUCCGUCGCUAAGCUUCUGGCCGGUAAUACGGUUACGAAAGUGGGUGCCCCAGUUGCUACGACUUCUAGUGCAAAAUACAGUACGAAGAGUGAAGCUUCAUUUGAAAUCAAGCCUUUCAAACUCCAUAAAUUGGAGAAAGGACCUGCCACAACAGCUACCCUAACAAGUGAAGAUGCCCUCAAACUGUAUGAGCAAUUGGCGAUUCUGCGUCGUAUUGAAACCGCUUCAGGCAACUUGUACAGGGAGAAGAUCAUCCGUGGUUUCUGUCACUUAUACUCAGGUCAGGAGGCUGUAGCCGUGGGAAUGCGCGCUGCGAUGCGAGAUAUAGACACUGUGAUCACUGCGUACCGAUGCCAUGGCUGGACCUAUCUAAUGGGUGCCAGUGUGGUUGGUGUACUUUCGGAACUUACUGGCCGCAGGACAGGAGUAUCACGAGGCAAAGGAGGCUCUAUGCAUUUGUAUGCAAAGAAUUUCUAUGGUGGCAACGGCAUUGUUGGAGCUCAAGUGCCGUUGGGAGCUGGUAUAGGUUUCGCGCACAAAUACAAAGGCGAUGGCGGAGUAAACUUUGCAUUGUACGGCGACGGUGCUGCGAACCAAGGACAGUUGUUUGAAGCCUACAACAUGGCCAAACUGUGGGACUUACCGUGCGUGUUCGUCUGUGAGAACAAUGGAUACGGUAUGGGAACAAGUAUGGAGCGGGCGUCAGCCAGCACGGACUACUACUCGCGCGGUGACUACAUCCCUGGUAUCUGGGUGGACGGCAUGGACGUGCUCGCUACCAGGGAGGCGACCAAGUUCUGUAUCGACUGGUGCACUAGUGGGAAAGGUCCAUUAGUAAUGGAGAUGGAAACAUAUCGUUACUCCGGCCACUCUAUGUCGGACCCUGGCACCUCAUACCGUACGCGCGAUGAGAUCCAGGAAGUCCGUCAAACCAGGGAUCCCAUCACCUCUUACAAAGACAAGAUUCUGAGCAACGAACUCGCAACACCUGACCAACUUAAGGAAAUCGACGCAAAAGUACGUCAAGAAGUUGACGACGCUACAAAGCAGGCGAAGGCCGAGCCUGAGAUCGGUAUCGAGGAGCUAGCUGGAGACAUCUACGUCGACUGCAUUGACCCUGUCAUCCGAGGCGUAAUCCCUAACGCGCCCCUACAACACAUCUCCGUCGCUCAACGCAAUUAGAUUGCUAUUACUAAGGAAAUUAGGUCUGUUAUCCACUGCAAUAUGCUCCACUUCACCCAGUGAGAUUAGCAAGUUAAGUAUAAACUUUGAUUAUUAUUAUUUUUUUUUAUAUUUUGUAAACAUAUUUUUAGUAUGCGUUGCAAUGUUAUAUUUUGUAUUUUGCACAUUGAAACGUAUAAUCAAUCACCCGACAAAUUAUUUUUUCAAAUAAUAUAUGAUUUGUAUCGUUUCUAUUGACUUUUUAAGCGUACAACAUUUGUGGAACAUAUUGUAUGGGAUUGAGGCUUUUUAGUAAUAAUUUGAAUAAAAUCGAAUACCGGAUUUAGAAUCGUAAUUAAUUGGCAACAAAGUCGCUAUUUGGAAUAGCGGUCCCGUUAGCCUUUGCUUUUUUAGCGAGUGGUGCUAUAUUUUUAUUGUUAAACAGAAAAAUGAGCCACUUUUAAUCAAAUUAUUUAUAAAAGCCUCAUUUAGCGGCAAUUGUAAUUUUGUAAUAAAGAAAUUAUGUAGAUUGGUAUAUCCAACGAGGGGAUAAUAAUUGUUAAUAUUUAUACUAUUGUUGCGUACCUUACAUCAUGCACAGGUAUAUAAUUUUAUAUGUUAUUUUUUUAGUAAAUCACGUAAGGGAAAGUGAUACUGCCGAUAAUAUACCACUUUGUAUUAUUUUAAAAUUCAUUUUGAUUAUUUAUUUAUAAGGCAGAUGAUUAUUAAAGUUAUAACUUAUA